AUGGAUUACGCUCCAAAUGGCGUGUCUCCUCGCUCUUUUGCCAUCACCCACCAGCGGCCCAAAAUGAGCUUUCGCGGCUGCUCCCGCAUCGGAGACUAUGAGCUACAAGGAAAACUCGGAGAAGGUACCUUUGGUGAGGUUCACCGAGCUCGAUCAAAGAAGACGGGCGCAAUCGUCGCCUUGAAAAAAAUCAUAAUGCACAACGAAAAGGAUGGUUUCCCCAUCACUGCGCUACGAGAAAUCAAACUCCUCAAACUUCUCAACCACGUCAAUGUCCUCCGGCUCGAAGAUAUGGCGGUAGAGCAUCCAUCACGGCCCUUCACACCGUACAUGGACCACGAUCUCUCUGGGUUGCUCGACAACCCCGCUGUACACUUCAAAGAGGGCCAGAUCAAGUGUUAUAUGCUUCAACUUCUGCAAGGCCUGGGUUAUCUCCACGACCAGCAUAUUUUGCAUCGAGAUAUGAAGGCAGCCAACUUGCUCAUCAGUAAUACCGGCAAUCUUCAAAUUGCCGACUUUGGUCUUGCGAGGCAUUACGACGGCAAAACACCGCAGCCGGGUCGGCCAAUGGGAGACGGCCGUCGAGACUACACCGGUCUUGUCGUGACCAGAUGGUAUCGUCCUCCGGAGCUGCUAUUGCAGUUGCGCCAGUACACAACGGCUAUCGACGUCUGGGGUGUUGGCUGUGUGUUUGGAGAGAUGCUUAUCGGUAAACCGAUUCUGACGGGUGAUAGCGACAGUCAUCAGCUCGACAUUAUUUGGGACCUGCUUGGCUCGCCGACAGAGGAAAACAUGCCUGGCUGGAAGAGUUUACCUGGUGGUGAACAUUUAUCGCCACGCCCACGUCCCGUCGUCAGAUUUGGAAGUGGCGCGAUAUCAUUGAUUAAAGAGCUAAUGAAGCUAGACUGGAGAACUCGCAUCAAUGCUGUGGAUGCACUGGAGCAUUCAUACUUCAAGAUGGCCCCGUUACCAAUGGAGCCACGCGAUAUUCCCACAUACGAAGAAAGCCACGAGCUAGAUCGCAGAAAGUUUCAGGAUCGCAAGGCAGCUCUCCCACCCGCCCCCAAGGGCGGCACAGUCGGCAUUGGGCCAGACGCCAACGGAGCGACGGCGGGCUUCAGCAGCGGUGAUGGCUAUGGUAGAAACGGCACGGCCAAUGGUCGAUUUCGUGGCGCGGACGAGCAUAGAAGACCGGCUUGGCAGCGCGAGCGCGGGCCACAACCACCAGGUCGCGGCCCUCCUCCCGAUAGAGGAGGGCGGGAGGAGGAGUACCGGGCCCGUGAUCGGGCGCCACCCAGAAACCGCCCAAGCGGCGUCCCAGGGGGGCAGAGGGUCGCCGCAGACAUGGAUUCAUAUAUCCCCAGCUAUGGGCGGGAUGAUGGCGGACGACGUAGAGACGACCGACCGCCACGCGAUGACCGGCGCGCACCCCGGGAAGACCGCCGGCCAGACCGCGACAGAGACCACCGGACUAGCAGAAGUAGGUCUCCCGGGAUGGAGCGACGCGAUCAUCGUGAUCGUGAGCGCGACAUGUACCGACGAUAG